CCUCUCCUCUCCUCCGAUCACCCCCACUGAUGAUCCUGCUCUCCGGUUCCGGGGACAGAGUCUCGCGCUGCGCUCGUGCGAGCCCGAGGAACUGGAUCCGCUAUUUCGCCGCGCGCCGGAUUUUUAAUCCAUUCAGCAGAAAUAAGGGACAAGAUGGAUAGAAUGCAAGAAGACGCGCGCGGGCCGUAGCUACAGACUCCCGUCACGACAUGUCACUUGUCAUGACAGAGACGUCUAUGGGCUUCAUCGAAUAUGCGUAACGAGAGAAGCAGACACGAUUUAAUCGUUGGCAAUGAACUUGAAUUUCCAUUCCUCCACAUUAACGGGAGGGAAUGGCUCAAUACACAGAUUCCUAAAUGCUUUGGAACAUAAUUCUUUUUUCGCUUGAUCUCAGUAAGACAUCAGUAGAGCAGUCUGUCAGUGCUCAGCGCAUUAUGUCCGUUCAGUGCUGCAUUGAUGUAAGGGAAACGCUGGAGCGGAGGACAGACCGAAGCGUCGUGUGAUGUGACUCGUGUCUCUGGGAUUAGCCUACUGCUGGAGUACCAAACAAUCUGUAGAAAUAGUCUAAUGGACAAUUACUCAACGCUUCAGUUGCAGUGUCUGGAGAUGACUACUAAGAGGAAGAUCAUCGGCCGCCUGGUGCCCUGUCGAUGCUUCCGGGGGGAGGAGGAGGUCAUCUCAGUGCUGGAUUAUUCCCACUGUAGCCUGCAGCAGGUCCCUAAGGAGAUCUUCAGCUUCGAGCGCACGCUAGAGGAGCUCUACCUUGACGCCAACCAGAUUGAGGAGCUGCCUAAGCAACUCUUCAACUGUCAAGCACUCAAGAAGCUGAGCAUGCCUGACAAUGACCUCUCCAACCUGCCAACCACCAUCGCCAGCCUUGUGAAUCUAAAGGAAUUAGAUAUUAGUAAAAAUGGUAUUCAAGAGUUUCCAGACAACAUCAAAUGCUGUAAAUGUCUAUCAGUUGUGGAGGCCAGUGUAAAUCCUAUAGCCAAGCUCCCAGACGGCUUCACCCAGCUCCUCAACUUGACACAGCUCUUCUUAAAUGACGCCUUCCUUGAAUACCUGCCUGCCAAUUUUGGGAGAUUAUCUAAAUUACGGAUCCUGGAACUUCGUGAGAAUCAUCUGAAAACUAUGCCAAAGUCAAUUCAUAGGCUGUCGCAGCUGGAGCGGUUAGACUUGGGAAGCAAUGAAUUCUCUGAACUGCCAGAAGUAUUGGAGCAGAUCCAUAGUUUAAAAGAGCUGUGGUUGGACAACAAUUCAUUACAAACCAUACCAGGGUCUGUUGGGAAACUGAGGCAGCUGCGAUAUCUAGACUUGGCUAAGAACAGGAUUGAGAGUCUAGAUGCAGAUAUCUCUGGCUGUGAGUCCUUAGAGGAUCUCCUCCUCUCCUCCAACAUGCUGCAACAGUUACCUGAUACAAUAGGAAAGUUGAAAAAGUUGACAACAUUAAAAGUUGAUGACAACCAGCUCACCUCACUGCCUAACACCAUUGGAAGUGCACGUGGCAAAACCGGUUUAUCACUUUUAGAGGAGUUUGACUGUAGCUGUAAUGAACUGGAAUCCCUGCCUCCCACCAUUGGCUACCUGCACAGUCUUCGGACAUUUGCGGCCGAUGAGAACUUCCUGUCUGAGCUGCCCAGGGAGAUUGGAAACUGCAGGAAUGUUACGGUCAUGUCCUUGCGCUCCAAUAAACUAGAGUUUCUGCCUGAUGAAAUUGGACAGAUGACAAAGCUACGUGUUCUCAAUCUAAGUGACAAUAGGUUAAAGAAUCUUCCCUUCACUUUCACUAAAUUGAAAGAUCUUGCUGCACUCUGGUUAUCUGACAAUCAGUCCAAGGCCCUUAUCCCCCUUCAAACAGAGGCUCACCCUGAGACCAAACAGAGAGUCCUUACUAACUACAUGUUUCCUCAGCAGCUGCACGAUGAGGAUUACCAGUCUGACAGUGACAGCUUUAAUCCCACUCUCUGGGAAGAACAGAGACAGCAGAGGAUGACUGUGGCAUUUGAGUUUGAGGACAAGAAGGAAGAAGAGGACAACUCAGGAAAAGUGAAGGUUGAGAUUAAUCUGAAGCGCUACCCCACCCCUUACCCAGAAGACCUAAAGAACAUGGUGAAGUCAGUGCAGAAUCUGGUGGGUAAAACCACUCACCCCCUCAACACUGAAAAAUGCUCUUCUGGGACCAAUAUGGAGCUCCACAGCCAAGACAAGUAUGAGCCCAAGUGGCCCAUUGCUCCGAAAGAGGUGACAGAACGAGAGGUCAAAGACUUCUCAAAACCACCAAUGUCCGAUCAAGGCGUCAUCCUCAACUCAGCCAUUGACAUCCCAAAACGCAAAGACAAAGAGGAUCUGACUGAGAGCUCGGAAAUUUCUUUACAUCGCGUCGUUCCCAAGCCGCAACAGCCAGAGAAUACGAGCCUGGCCGUUACUUCCUCUUCCUGUUUCUGCCUCAUAGACUCCAUGGGAGGCUCCCCUAAUGAUAUCCGAAUUUCUGACAUGCGGCCGACUUUGGUAGAGCCACCAAUGUACAAACCAAAGGUUGUGUUACUGGGCAAGGAAAAAAAAGAGUCCACCGAUGAGUCUGAGCCGGACAAAAUGCAUUGUUUGAACAACAGCGGAUCAUCUGCCACUUAUUCAGACUACUCACCCUCCCAGGGAUCGUCUGGCUCCUCCAACCCACCUGGAAAUGUCAGUAAUCUGCAAACAUCUGGGAAAGAGGGGCCAGCACAGACUCACUGGACCAACAGGCUGGCUCAGUCUUUUCCAAAGCCCAUUGAAAGCAAGCCCCUUCUGAGCCAGAGGGAAACACCUCCAUCCAGCACGCUGCAGCAGCGAGGUGAGAGGCGGCCACUGAGCGACACCUUUGACAGCUGGAACGACGCCCCCCACUACGAUAACACAGGGUUUGUCGCAGAGGAGACGCCUCUUGACACUCCGAGCAGCAGCGCUGGAAACCCCAUGCUAGGCUCAAAGCCCCGGAGUGCCUCGAUGGCGCAUGGCCGACGGCCUCUCAUGAGACAAGAGCGCAUUGUGGGAGUCCCUCUAGAGCUCGAUCAGUCGCAGCUCACGUUCCACACUGUUCGCACCACCCCUGAAACUGAAGUGCCUGCUCCCUCUAACCCCUGGCAGAACUGGACGAGGACUCCCAGUCCCUUCGAGGACAGGACAGCUUUCCCUUCAAAGUUGGAAAUUACUCCAGCCAACAGCCCCAAUCCUGAUCGCAAGGACUUUGAACAGGAGAUGGGGGAACUACCCGGCACUUUUCCCUCAACUAGAGCCUGGGGGUUUCUGGACUCUACGGACUCAGGGACGGGACGAGGUCAUCCCAACAUUUCUGCGCAUAUCCAGGGCGUAAAAGAACCAAACAAAGUAGGCACUAUGGUCAUCAGCAAGAGUUCUGAAAGACUUUCCCCAAUGAUGAAGGAGGUAAAAGCGAAAUUCAAGAAAUCACAGAGCAUAGAUGAAAUCGAUAUGGGGUCGUAUAAGGUUUACAGCAUUCCCUUGGACAGCUACAGUUCUAGCAUAGAAAACCAGGGAAGUGUUGAUAGAGCGGACCUACCUGUACCUCUAGAACAGAGCAUGUCCAGGAGCCAAUCUGCUCCAAUGCUGGACGACGAUCUGGAUGGCUUUGGUUCGAAAAUCUCUCAGCAACAGAAGCCAGCCAUCCCAAAAAAAGUUUACCAUUUUGACCAAAGCUUCAACCCACAAGGAGCCAUGGAUGUUAUGAAAGCGGAGAGGAGAGUUCCUCCACCGUUCCCUAAUGCCCCUGAAUACGUGAACCAACCUGGGAAGACGUUGCCAAAGGAACUUGUGAGCCCGAGAGGCUACCGAGGCUAUCCACCAAUGGAACAGAUGUUUUCAUUUGCUCAGACUGCAGUCACCGAUGACGCCAUCAAUCAACAGCUCUCGGUCCAGCCCCAGCGCUCCAGGCCGGGCUUUCUGAGGCGCGCUGACUCUCUGGUAAGUUCGACUGAGAUGGCGCUGUUCCGCAGAGUAGCUGAAAGCCAAGAACUGCAGCUGGCGGAGCACUACAACAGGUCUCAACAGAGCAUGCUCGAUCAACAGAACAGCUUGGCUACCAUCACUGACGCCCAAUUCCAUAAGAGGAACGGUAGGUAUGACGAAGACUACUCGUCUUAUCAAGAACCCAAAAAGCCCAUCAUGGGUUACCCCACCAAGAGUCUGACGCAACGUCGCCCCCUGUCUGCACGGAGCUACAGCACAGAGACAUAUGGGGCAUCUCAGGCAAGGCCAGUGUCUGCCCGACCCACCAUGGCUGCGCUGCUGGAGAAAUUGCCUUCAGAUUACAAUCUUAGUACGUGCACUGAGAAGAGCCCUGAAACUGACAUGAAGAUGAGACCUAUCCCUCAGAAACAAGAGGACCCCACCUCCAAAAUGCCAGUAGAUUGGAGACAGCAGCUGCUUAGACAUAUUGAAGCAAAGAGGCUAGACCGGAGCGCUGUCCUUAAGCACAACACAGUAAACUUCGGCAUGCUGUACUCUGGAGGCUAUGCUGCACCGCAUGCCAGCAGAAGCAUGACAAUAAACUUUUACAAUAACACAAAGCAUGAAAACCAAACAACUCAGUGGCUACCUCUACCAAAUACACCUUCACAACAGAGCAAUAUUUUAGAUAAUGGACAAGAGGUGGUUUCCCCAAGUAGCCAGUGGGCCCCGUAUUCACUGGGAAGAAGAGACGUGCCACCAGAGAACAUGAAUGUCAUCAAAAGCGCCAUUAAAGUUUUGCCUAAUGUUUGCCCACAGCCUGGCGUUCACAAUCCCCAUCAACAACAGACUAUGAUGAUAACCUCAGCCAACCCUCCCCACCGGACGGCCCGCGACCAGCAGUAUGAGGGGGCCAUCAACAAGGUGUCCAUCCAGCAGUACCAGUCGCCUCUGCCCAUGCCCAUCACCACCACCAGCCCCCGGCCUCAGAGCGCCCGCUGCUUCAUCCAGACUAAAGGCCAGAAGAGUAUGGACGGCUUUCCAGAGCAGCUCUGUGUGAGAAUAGAGAAGAACCCUGGCCUUGGUUUCAGCAUCUCAGGGGGAAUCAGUGGACAGGGGAACCCCUUCAAGCCCUCGGACAUGGGUACAGCCUGAUGGACCUGCCUCCAACGUUCUUCGAC